CGUGACGCAAUCAUCGUGACAGUUCUGUUGAGCAGUUUUUGUGAUGUUCUGUUCAGUAUUUGUUUCUCUGUAUUAAUGUAACAUUUUAAACACAAUGAGCUGAGGUUACGUUGAUCCUUUUCUUAUAAUAACAGCAAUAUUACUGCUUACCGCGACAUGUCGUUCUUCAUAGAUUCAGUGAUUAUGUUCACUUCUCAGGUGCUGUUUUUCGGGUUUGGGUGGCUCUUUUUCAUGCGGCAGUUGUUUAAAGAUUAUGAGGUUCGACAGUAUGUUGUGCAGGUGGUGUUUUCUGUCACAUUUGCCUUCUCUUGCACCAUGUUUGAGCUCAUUAUCUUUGAGAUCCUUGGUGUAUUAAGCAGCACGUCCAGGUAUUUCCACUGGAAGCUGAAUUUGUAUGUGAUAUUGCUAGUUCUAAUAUUUGUGGUGCCUUUCUACAUUGGCUACUUUGUAGUCAGUAAUAUACGUUUGUUGCAGCGACAAAGACUGCUUUUCUCGUGUGUGGUCUGGUUCACGUUUAUGUAUUUCUUCUGGAAACUGGGAGAUCCUUUCCCUAUACUUAGUCCAAAACAUGGCAUUCUGUCUAUAGAGCAGCUGAUCAGUCGUGUUGGGGUCAUUGGGGUCACACUGAUGGCUUUACUUUCAGGAUUUGGUGCUGUAAACUGCCCAUAUACCUAUAUGUCCUAUUUCCUAAGAAAUGUGACUGACAGUGAUAUACUGGCCCUGGAGAGAAGGCUGCUCCAGACCAUGGACAUGAUUGUCAGUAAAAAGAAAAGAAUUGCAAUGACAAGAAGGCAGAUAUACCAGCGUGGAGAGGAGCAGAAUAAACAGACGGGAUUCUGGGGGAUGAUCAAGAGUGUGACCUCCUCACCAUCAGGCAGUGAAAACCUGUGUCUGAUCCAGCAGGAAGUAGAUGCUCUUGAGGAACUCAGUAGACAGCUCUUUCUGGAGACUGUGGACCUACAGGCUACCAAGGAACGGAUAGAAUAUUCAAAAACGUUUCAAGGAAAAUACUUCAACUUUUUAGGUUACUUCUUCUCCAUCUACUGUGUGUGGAAAACAUUCAUGGCCACCAUAAACAUUGUGUUUGACCGUGUGGGAAAGACUGAUCCUGUGACGAGAGGAAUUGAGAUCACAGUCAACUAUCUGGGAAUUCAAUUUGACGUAAAGUUCUGGUCGCAGCACAUUUCCUUUAUCCUGGUGGGAAUCAUCAUAGUCACGUCCAUACGAGGCCUUUUAAUCACACUUACCAAGUUUUUCUAUGCCAUAUCCAGCAGCAAGUCCUCCAAUGUCAUUGUACUCGUCUUGGCACAGAUCAUGGGAAUGUAUUUCGUCUCAUCUGUGCUCCUUAUGCGUAUGAGCAUGCCUCUGGAGUACCGCACUAUAGUGACUGAGGUACUGGGGGAACUCCAGUUCAACUUCUACCACCGAUGGUUCGAUGUGAUCUUCCUGGUCAGUGCCCUCUCCAGCAUCCUCUUCCUCUACCUGGCUCAUAAACAGGCACCUGAGAAGCACAUGAACCUGUGACAUCACAAGUGACCUCAUCAAUGGGGACAAAACGGAAUCUUCUUUCGUCUCUCCUUUCAAAGGACUGAAUCCUUUUAAAGGACUGUAUAUCCUGAAUCAGGAGGGACCUGUUUAUGUGGGUCUUGGUUCAAAUCAGUAAUGCUGAUUUGGUUCUUUUUUUUGGAAUGGCCUAUGUUAAUGAAGGGAACGAUAUUGUGGGUUUAAUUUUUUAUGGUUGGUGUCAAGUGUUUUUUAUGGAACGAGUAAAAAUCAUCCUAAAUCAGGUAUUAUUGUGUUUGUCUGAAUGAGAGCGUCUGUAUUGGCCUGUGUAUGCUGACAUCGAGCUUUACCAUGAUAUAAAAAACAAAGAAAGUAUUUUCACUUUUCCUGCUAUGACAUCACAAUGAGAUUAUCUUUUAUUAUUUACAGUGUAUAAAUCAUUGUUAUGUCUCCUACAACUGCGUUUUUAUCAGCUGACCUGUUGGACUCGUUUUUCUCUUUGGUUGGUUAAUUGUUAAUUUCAUUCCAUACAUUGUGCACUUUUGCUAAAGAACCGUAAUGAUUCACAUAUUAAUACUUUGUUUAGUGUGAGAAAUACUUAUCUACUGAAGUCAUGACACAACUGAGGGUCCACAAGGUUAUUUGGUUCAUUUAGGGUAUUACAAAACAUAAGUGCAUUUGAUUUAGGGACAGCAAGGGGAUGUUUUUUUUAUUCAAAUUGUCAUUUCAACUUACUAUUUUAAAUUUUGUAAAAUGUUUUUACAUUGUUAUAACUCAUCAAAAUGAGUUAAAGCUCACAAAACACUCAGCUGUAACAAGCUACUGGAGGCGUACCGUGUGCGAUCAAGUCACGAGCAAGCAACAUUAUCACACAGUCUCGAGAACUUAUUAUUCACUUAUGUUUAGGGCUGGGUAUUGGCAAGGGUCUCACAAUACGAUACAUAUCACGAUACAUGGCCCAUGGUACAGUGUAUCACGGUACGGUGCGGUACGAUACGAUGCAUUGCAUGUUGCGAUACAAUGCAAUACUUUUUCUUAAACAAUAUCGAUAGUCGAGAUUGAAAUAUCAACACACUAUCGGGGGAAAAUGUAUCACGAUAGAUAGCUGUAUCACGAUAGAUAGCUGUAUCGAUAUUUUUGCACAAACAUUUAUGUUUGUGUUGAUUAGAGUAAGAGCUGCACAAUUAAUCGUAAAAUAGUAACAUAAUAGCUAAAAGCCUCAAUUACAGCUGUCCAUUUGUGCUAAUUUUUGUGCAAAUCUGAGAUUUUAAAAUUCAUAAUUUGACAUGUCAUUUAGCCAUUUGUUUGGAUUUUUUACUAAUGUCAUAUAAUUCCCAUAAUUAUUUGUGAUUUACAUAGACUUUAAAAAUGCUGGGUUAUUUUCAACCCAGCAUUGGGUCAAAAAGGAAUGAGCCCAGCCCCCUUGGAUUGUAACUUAAUUUAUGCUGGGUUGUUUGGGUUAAAUAUAA